CCAAGAUGAGGGGGUGGAGCACCUUAUGCAGAGUCACCCAGGGGUGGGGACCAGGCUGGACUCCACCUGGUCCAGUCCAUGCCGGCGGCCCCCUCCCGCACUGACAUGUCAGGAAGAAGGCAGCUGGGAGAGAAGCACGCUCAGUCUCUGGGGAAGAGACCCCUCGUGCAGGGUCAGGCUAGAGGCGGCGGAGGAGGCUGGCGCCGCGGGAGGAGCGAGCCCCGAGUCCCCCGCGGAAUGUGGCGCUGGCGUGGGGCCUGAGCAGCAGACGGAGUCGGAUGGCGAGCGGGACUCGGGGCCCGAGCAGGCGCAGACCAUCUACCGUGACAUCUGGAGCCUGCGCGCCUCGCUGGAGCUGCACGCGGCCGCCGCCUCCGACCACAGCGGCAGCGGCAACGACCAUGACUCGGUGCGCAGCGGCGACAGCUCGGGCUCCGGCUCCGGGGGCGCCGCUCCCGCCUUCCCGCCGCCCUCGCCACCACCCACACACCGGCCCACGGACAGCGAGGCCGGCGGGCCGCGCAAGCUGCUGCAGAUGGACAGCGGCUACGCCAGCAUCGAGGGCCGCGGCGCCGGCGAGGACGGGCCGCCCAGCGCCUCGGAGAAGCGCUCCUCCUUCACGAGCGCGGGCCGCGCACCCACCGUGGGCGGCAGCUUCGAGGGCGCCCCGGACGAGGCCGCCGCCGAGAUGCCUGUGCGACCCCGCAGCCCGCGCGCCUGGCCCCGCCGCGCGCCGCGCCGCGACUACAGCAUCGACGAGAAGACAGACGCGCUUUUCCACGAGUUUCUACGCCACGACCCGCACUUCGACGACGCGCUGCCCGCCGGCGUGCGCCAUCGCGCGCGCGCCCAUGCCCACCCGCACGCGCGCAAGCAGUGGCAGCGCGGCCGGCAGCACAGCGACCCCGGCGCGCGAGCCGCGACCCCUGGCACCGACCCCCGACCCCCCCGCGCGCCCCUGCGCCGCGGCGACAGCGUCGACUGCCCGGCCGAAGGGCGCGCGGGAGACCCCCCAGCUGUGCCUGCGGGCGCCCCUAUCCCGGCCAUAGAGGAGGAGCCCGGCGGCGGCUGUCCCGGCUCUGGCCUGUGCGCCGCGCCCCCACCAGUGCUGCUGGGCAAGCUGGUGGCCGGCCUCGACGGCGGACUCUUCGCGCCGCGCCUCGAGCAGCCCGCUGCCCCUGUGCUGGCCACCGCCGCGCCCACGUCCCCUGACCACAGCCCGGCUUAGGGCGCCCAGGGCCCAGACCCCCACAGCGGCCUCGAGGGUGGCGCCCAGAAGCGGGACGCGAACGCCGGGUGUCCCCGGGGCUAGCGGCGGGCGGCUGCGCCAGGCGCUUGUGCGAAGCCCCGUCUCCGGCCGCAGGUCCGCGAGGUGCGCUGGGUCCGCGUGCGCGGGAGCCUGCACCAGAGCGCAUGCGCCGAGCCCGCCAGGGCCGGGAUCGCCGGGCCCCGGGGGUCGGUAGCGAGCGCGCCGGCCCGGGUGACCGGGGCCGCCAACUCCCGAAGCCGUUUACCUCACCGCGGCGUGUGCCCGCGGCAGUCCGCGCCCCUCUGAGCAAUAACCGCCCCUCCGCCCCUGCAUGUGAGCGUGCCGUCCACCCCACCCCCUCGCCGUGCGAAGAGCCCGCGCUUCCUCAGUGUUCGGACCUGACAGAACCUAUGGCCAAGUUCUCGAGUUUCCCAAGCUUUAUUUAUUGCCAAAAACGCGGGGCCGCCCCGCCCGCCAAGCUGUGUGCUGUCUGCGUCCUGCCCAGUGAAGGAGCCCCUGGCUGUGUUUUCCGGUUGACUAUAAAUAUUUGCCGCAU